CCGUCAGGGCGGGUUGUAAAUCAUCGAUUGUAAAAAUGAUUAUAAAAUAGCAUUAAUCACCCUCUUUGUUCUUCCAAGCCAAAAGAAAAAAAAAAAAAAAAAGCCUUAAAUAAAAGAGGGAUAUGUCACAGUUUGACAAAAAUAACAGCAUUGUUUGAGUUGCCAUGUCACCACAGUUUCUCACCAAUAAUUAACAAUUAAAUAAUUAAUUAAAUAAUUAAAAAAAAACGUAAAUUUAAUUGAAAACUUUUUUUUUUUUUUUUCAACUUGAAAAAUGGAUACCAGAUUGACUUCUCUUUCAUAUCGACAAUUACAAUCAAUUGCUGUUCGACACAAAGUUCCAGGAAACACCAGUAAAGAAAGAUUAAUUAAAUUUAUAACAUGUGUCAAAGAGGGUAAUGAAAGAGAAUUACACAAAUUGCUGAGACAACAUCAACUGGAUAAAAAAAAUAAACGUUUAUUAAAAAAUAAUAAAAAUAACAAUAAUUUUAGUCCAAUGAGAAACAUGGUUACAUCAACACCAUCACACAGUUCAUUUUAUCAUAAAUAUAUGAAUAAAAAUAAUGAUGGCGAUGAUGAAGAUGAUGAUGAUGAUGAUGACAAGGAUAAUUAUUCACCACCUGUUCAAGAUUAUGAUUGGGAAACACAAAAAAAAGAAAGAUUAACACGUGAUGAUGAACUACAAAAAUAUCUAUUGAUGAAUCAAAUGUUGAACAAUCGAUUGAUGAAAUAUAAUAAUUAUCAAAAAAAUAAAAAAACUAAAAAUUCAGAAAGACAAAGUCCAUCAAUUGUUGAUCUUCGUGUUGCAAAUGAUAAAACAAUAUCAACAACAAGUGACAUGCCCUUGGAAUUAAUAUGUCCACAGGCAAAUAAAUUAUCACCAAAAAUAUAUAAACAAGAAGAAUUAUCUGAAGUUGAAAAUUUAAAUAAUCAAGUGUUGGAUAUAAGCAAGAGAACAGUUCUCUUAAAAAAAAUGCUACAAGCACCAACAGAUAAAAACAUAAAUGAACAAACAAAUAUUAAUAAUAUUUAUAAAUUAAUAGCAGCAAAUAAAAUAAUAACACAUGAUAAUGGAACUAAUUCCGAUACAUUAACAGCAAAUUCAGAUGAUAAUGAUUAUCAAAAUAAUUACUGGAAUGAUGAAAAACAUGAAAAUUUAGAAAUUGAUUUUAAUGAUGAAUUAAAAAGUUCAUACAAUUGUUUAAUUGAUCCAAUUGAUACUACAACUACUACUGAUAAUAAUAAUAAUAGUUACAAUUAUGGAUCAGAUAAUAAUCAAGAUUGGAAAAAUUAUUGUGCCAAUAAUACUGUACCAAAAAUAAAUGAUGCUGCUGGAAAUAAUAAUAUUAUUAAUAAUCAAAUAAAUUUUAAUCGUAAUGAUGCAUAUAAUAAUUAUUCAUCUGGACAAAUGAAUAAUGGUAAUGGUAAUUAUUAUCAAAAUAUAAUACAACAAGAUCAUAUUUAUUCACAAAAUUUAUCAAAUGUUAAUGAUACAAAUAAUUGUUUUCAACCUUGUGUUUAUCAAAAUUAUACAAAUAAUAAUUUGGCUGGAAUUGGAAAUGAUAUUAAUGGAGCUAAUGGAACAAGUGUAGCUCAUGGAGGAGCACUAUUAAGUAGUCAUAGUUUAAGAGCUAAUUAUUCAGAACAAAGUAGUGAUUUUAAUAGUCAUAAAUAUUAUCAUGAUACUUUAUUGACAAAUCACGAUAUUUAUGAUAAAAGAAAUGCAAAUAUUCAAGAUGAUAAUAAUUUUGAAAGUGAUAAUUAUUGGCAACAAACAAUGAAUCAACAUUACAAUGGUUAUAAUUAUCAAGAACAAAUGGGAUUUAAUCAUUUUAAUUCAAUCACACAAUCAACUGGUAAUAAUUCAAGUGUCAUCAAUGAUACUUUGGAUACUUUUUGGCCACGUAAAAGUUUGAAUAUUGCAAAUUCAAUAUCAUCAUCAUCAUUAUCAUCAUCAUCAUCAUCAUCAACGACAUCAUCAUCAUUUUACAUUGAAAAUAUAUUAAAUAUACGUAAAAAUGAUAAUGAAUUUGAUGGUACAAAGUUGAAACAAACAUCGUCAAUUUAUUGUUAUGCAGCACCAAUACAAACACCAAAAGAAACAUCAACAUUAGUAUGUUCACAAAAAAAAAGCUUUAUUGCUGAAGAACGUAGUGCGUCAUUGACAACAAAUUAUCUUAUGUAUGAUGAUACAACAACUGGUCGUAAUCUUGCAAAUAGUGAUUAUUUAAAUAGAAAUUUAAUAAUUCAAUCAAGUUAUCAAGAAUUAUUGAUGAGUCAUGAUGAUAUUUUUGCCAGAAAUUAUUGGGAUUAUGUUAAUAAAAAUAUAUUAGAUUACAGUGAUGAUAAUAUUAAAAAAGAUGUAUGGUUAUCUGAUCAGUUUGAUACUGAUCCAAUUAACUAUCGUAUUGAUGCAAUUUAAUCUUGAUAAUGUAGUGUG